AUGGCUUCAGACCCCGUUCUUAUUAUUGGCGCCGGUCCUUCUGGUCUUGUCUUGGCCUUGACCUUGGGUAAAAACGGAAUCCCUGUUCGCAUUAUGGAGAAGGAGCCAUCCCCCCGACGUGCGGAGCGCGGACCGGGAUUACAGCCUCGCUCCCUCGAGCUGCACAAAAUCUUAGGCACCUUGCCCGACAUUUUGAAUGCCGGAACUGAUUUGCCUAUGAUGACGGUGUACGACCCAGCCGAUGGAACUAAGGUUAUAAAGACAACGAUUUUAGUACCCCAAACAGAGGCUACUCCGCAGCUUCCAUUGAUCAACCCGGUCAUGCUAGGCCAGCAUUAUCAAGAGCGCAUUCUACGCGAUCACUUGGCCAAAAUUGGAGUGACUGUUGAAUUCGGCUCGGAAUUGCGCACAUUUACGCAGACUGAAGAUCACGUCCUAGCGCAAAUUGUCCGUGUUGUUGAUGGAAAGGACGUAAUUGAAGAAGUGAAGGCAGUGUGGAUGGUCGGUACCGAUGGGGCUCAUAGCGUUGUUCGCAAGACGCUCGGCCUUGAGUUUCUCGGAGAGACUCGUUACUCAGAAGAAAUAAUCGUUGGUGACCUCAAAGUCAAAGGCGCAAUACGAGAGACAUGGGAUAAUUGGGGUUCUCCUGCUUCCAGAAUGGCAACUUUGCGUCCCUCUGGACAAAAAGACAACGUUGCUCAGUUUAUAAUCGCAGGUCGUGAUGUCGACUGCUCCAAAGUUAUGGCGAGCAGCGAGAACCUGUUUGAAGAAUUUUACACCAUAACCGGGAGGAGAGACAUAGAAUUCCAGGAAUUGAUCAGCGUCGCGAAGUAUAGGCCAAAUAUCAGGAUGGCCAAACAACUUAGGUCUCACCGAGUGUUUAUUGGCGGAGAUGCUGCUCAUUGCCAUAGUCCUGCUGGCGGUCAGUUUAACCUAGGGUGGAAAUUAGCGCUGGUGUACAAGGGAUACGCUCCCGCAUCGCUUCUCGAUACAUAUGAAGAAGAGCGCAUCCCCAUCAUCGCGGAAAUGCUAGGAAAGACGACCGAGCUUCACAAUCACACUAUUUCACGGGGUCACGGUAUAUCUGACAUGCCUCGCGACAGUCUUCUGAAGCAACUGGGUGUUAAUUACCGCGGCAGCUCCAUUGUGUAUGAAGACGACGUUGAAAUACCCACAGCAAAAACGACGGGAUACAGCGCCGAAAGCGAGACGGCUGCUCGACCCGGUGACAGAGCACCUGGCGCUCCCGGCUUGGUCGAUACUGCAGGAAACAUCCAAACGUACGAAAUAUACGACCUAUUCGCCGUCUCUCGACACACAAUUUUGAUAUUUUCCGACCCUUCCUUCGAUUACCUUUCCUUGUCCAAAACAAUCCAAAAAUUCCGAAAUGGCACUGUUCUUGGUGUCCUGAUUUUAUCGAAGGGAACAUCAUUGUCUGAUACCGACACAACGGCUUUAUUCGACAAGACCGUCGCAGAUAGAGACGGAUUCGCUUUUUCCGGAUACCACAUCGAGGGACCCACCGUUGUUAUUGUCCGCCCAGACGGCGUCAUUGGUGCGCGUGUACGCGGAGUGUCUGGUAUUGAGAGAUAUUUCAAAGGCAUUUUUGCUUGA